AACCGCCGAUCACACAAAGAGCACAUUUAAAUCGAAAGUUCGAUCGUUGGUUCGUUACGUAUCCGCUUCGUAACGGAAAAGCGUAUCGGUUUCAAAAUGGUUAGUUUGCAACAAGGAAGCUCAAAACAGGAUUCAAAUAUGAUUCCGAUUGCACAGAAAGACAUCGCACCAAGUCGUAAGGUAUGUAGGAAUCUUUUUGGAACCGUUGUGAAUCAUGACGAUCUUAUCCGAGAAGCGACGGAGGCAAAUAACGAAAGACUGAGGAAAAAGAAAGAGGAAUAUAAUUUUGAUUUUGCAGCGGGGAAACCGCUGCCUGGCCGUUAUUGCUGGCAGAGAAUCGUGGAAGACAAUAAUUGUGAUGCCAAAUCACAAAAAGACGACGAUGAAAAAGAUAAAGAACUGAUUACGUCAUCUGACACGAUGAAAGAAAGAACAAUAAGAAAAAGGUUUUCUAUGGAAACUAAACUAACAGGCCAACGUGAAGAAAGAUGAAGAGGAGAGUUGAAUGCAGUGGUUGAAUGUAACACACACCAGGGGAUUAUUAUCGAGGAAAGAAGAGAAAAUACUGCAAAACUAAACCUGACGAGAACUGCGAAAAGGAAUAUUCAGUUCACGGGAGUAACUUGACAACAGAAAUUAUGAAUGAAAGUCUUAAUUAACUUGUGGUUUCCUUUUUCUUCACUGCACAUAAGUGAGGUGUCCUUAACAUGAUGUUUCAACAAGUAUAAAAGCUAUUUACCACUUCGUAACAGGAAAUUACAGCGCACUUGGUUGAAAGCAAACGCUCGAAGGAAAGAUAAUUUUGAGAAACUUUGCAUGAUUCAAACCAAGGAAAAA